AUGAAUCAAGGCAUAAUUCGAGUGAUUAAAUCAACUUUUCGGAAAAAUCUUGUACUUAAAAUAAUCAGCAAUAUGGAUGAAAACAAAGAUGAAAAUUAUUCAAAAAUAACCACACUUGAUGCCAUUUUAAUGAUAAAUGAUGCAUGGCAACAACUUUCACCAUUGACAAUUGCGAAUUGUUUUAAGCAUUCUGGGCUUGCAGAAGGAAAUUUAGAUGCUUCCAGCAGCUCAUGCUCAAAUGCUAUUGAAAUCGAAGAUGACAUUCCUCUAUCGGUUUGGGCAAGAGCUCUAAAAAAUCAGCUACCGAUUUCAAAGGAAGAACUGGAUAAAUAUGUUCUUAUUGACAAUGGUGUGGGGACUUGUGAGGAACCUUCGGAAGACAGAAUUGUUGAAAAUAUAUUAGAUGAUGAACAGAAUAGCGACGACAACGUGGAAGAUCGAAAUGAAGAUGAGUCAGCGUUUUGGAGGCACUGA